CCAUGACCCACAGUCCACACGCAUACGAAGAAGUGAAGAAUAACAUCUGCCAAAAACAAGUCCGCCACCGGUCCUUUCUUCCUUGCCACCGCGUCGCCAUCAUCAAUCUUGAAGGACUGAUUCUGAUUGAGGAAGGAGCACAAGGAAAGUUGCAAGUAUGGAUUUUGAGUUUGAAGGAAAGUGAUAAAGAGAUAAAAAGACCUGCGGUUGUUUUCCUUCACAGUACGAACAAAACCAAGAAGAAACAAAAUUAUGAUCCUAUUAAUUUUGAAACACUUGGUGAUCAUUCUAAUUGGGUGUUGGAGGAUUCCCCACCAUUCUUGACCAUUGAGGAGGUGGAAGCACUACGCAAAGAUCUUGCUAGUAUGACAAUCCAACCUAUUUCAAAUGAUAUUGAUGAAUUAAAUUUGGAUGAGGUUGAUGUUGAGGGAGAUGCGCCACUUAACUCCGGAGAAAACAACCAAAGUAAUAAUAUCAUUGAUGGGGAAGAUGUUGCAAAUGCGAUUGAUUUUGUCGGAGAUGGUUUUGAUAUUGAAGGAGAUCCCAACAUUGAGAUAAUUUUACCUCCUUGGAACUAAAUUUAAUAGAUAUUUGAGUGUUUUGGUUCUAAAGUACUCAAUUAGUUUAUGUUGCAAUUAGACUUUGUAAUUUGUACUACUUUGUUAUGUGUAAUACUUAUGUUUAAAUUUGCACUAAAUUUGUGAUUUUUAA